ACUCUCCCCCAAAUUUGCCCUCAUUUUUCCUUCCUUCAUUCAUUCAUCUUCCUCCAAGCCGACAGUUCCUCAUGAAAUCCGGCAAAUCCACCAUCUCUCGCUUGAAACCACUCUCCGAUUCUACAGCGGAGAGUCUUCCCCGCUUUCAUCACAUUCGCCUCUCGCGAAAUUCCUCCACCCCCUGCAUCUUAUGUUUAUUCCUUUUUUCUUCCUAACACGGCCAGUGCGGAGAGAAUUUGGAGCGCAGAUCGACGAUGAGUUCGUUCUCCACAUCGAAAAGCUUCAGGAAUUUAAAGAUAAGCUUCAGAAGAAUAUUGAAGUCCUCUCCAGGGACAACUUUACCGCUGGUCUUGACAUCGACCUUGCUGGUCUUGACAUCGACCUUGAUGAAUCAAGUCCAAGAGAUGAUAACUGUCUCCCAUUCCAUCAAAUGAGCAGCACAAGGAAUUCUAGGAUCAGAUUGCUGAUCAGAGUUUUGACUGUCGACUUAAAACUUUCUUUGACAUGAUUGAUAAACAUGCAGAUGGAAGAAUUACUGAAGAUGAAGUCAGUGAGGAGAAUAAAGGUCAAGAUUCGGCUCCAAUGUGGGUAUAUUACUGCUGAUGAACUGAAUUCACUGCCACUGUAAGUUAACUCUAUUAUACAGUCAGUAUAUCAGUUGUGAUCUGGACUAAAUAAACUUAAAAUCACUUCAAAGCUAUCCUCGUAUUCAACCUUUUAUCUGCUCAUUCAAGCUAGGAGGUCUAAGAUUUAACAACUUGUAGUACAUGAAGUGAAAGAUCACUUUGGAUAAGAUAAAUGCUGCAAUUGGUGACAUGGCAGACUAUGCUGAAGUAAAUGGACAAAUUAUAGUAAAAUGAUUGUCUUUAGCUGUUUUUUUAUGAUAUAAUACACCUAGUAAUUACUUUGCUUACUGUUAUGUAUUAUUUGGACAUCUAUAUUUCAAUAUUAUUGUUUAAGUGUUGGUAUUUUUAAACCUCAAGAUCAUGUCUUUCCUUUGUAGUGCUUAUGUUUUACUCAUAAUAGUCUUAUGUUUCUGGGGAAUUCUUAUCAUCAUACAUGGGUUAAAUGAGCACAGGUACAAUAGUACUUGGCCUCAUCUUUUUUUUUUCAUGUGCCUUAGACAAAAGAGAACUAUUGAUGGUAGCUAUGAUUAUUAGACACCAACCAUAAUAAUAUUCUCCUUGUAAUGGAUGCUACAAACAACUAGUCUCCUGCAAGUUUGGUGUAUAUGUAGGGGACUGGAUAGGUAAGUGCUAGAGUAUUUUCUACCAUCUUCUAGAUCUAGAAUUAUAUAUGCAUGUGCUGUUGGUGAAUAACAAAUGUAAGUCUCAACUUAGUUUUUUUAGUUUUCUCUUGAAUUCCUUGCUGGUAAUAAUUUGUCUACUUGAAUAUGAUAGCUGACUCUGUUUAUUUUUCAACUAUUGUUUCAACAAAGGUUUUAGCUAACUAAUAGAAGCUAUACAAGUCGUGUUAUAUGAACCAGGCAGUUUCUUCUCUUUGAGGAAUAGUAAUAGUACUAAAUUGAAAAUGUCUGCUGGAUGAGUUGUUGUGGAGCAUUGUGGCUUCAUAGAGAUACAGCUUCAGCAAAUCUAUCAUAUAUGUCUUACAUUCAAGUCAGGUGAUAAAUAAAUCUAGAAAUAAUGAUUGUUGUCAUGUAACUUAGUAGGAGUUGUUUUGAUGUUUGUAUAUUAUUUCCAGAUCAUUGAGCUUUAGCAAAUCAAUCAUAUUUGUCUUACAUUCGAUCCAUGUAAUAAAUUAAUGUUUAAAUAAUGAUUGUUGUAAUAUAACUAAGUAGGAGUUGUUUUGA